AACGGUCUAGUUGUGUGACGUAAGAAGGAGGCGGGUCCUGAGCUGGGUCACGUGAUACCGCUGCUUUGCAGCUCGAGCGUCUAGAACGGAACCGAAUCACCGGGCAAACUCGCUCCGUUUACCGGCCCAGCGCGAUUUUUCGCCUCCCCUGACGCGUUCCAGCAGCGGCAGCAUCAUGUCGGCGGUGCAGCGGAUGAAAGUAGCAAACGAGAAACACAGCAAGACGAUUACACAGAGAGGACACGUGCAGAAAACCACGCGUGUGGUGAGUGAGGAGAAGUCUCCGGUGGGUCCGUGGCUCCUCGCGCUCUUCGUGUUCGUCGUCUGUGGCUCAGCCAUCUUCCAGAUCAUCCAGAGCAUUAGACAGGGAAUGUAAGUGCCGUCGGUCUGUGAACAUCUGAAGCCGCUCGCACUGAUCUUCCAUGGAGUUGUUUUCUUCUUCGGUUAAUCUGUUAGUUGUUUACAGCUGAUCUCAGUUAUGUAUGUGUGUGUUUGUUGUGAGAAUUUUUUGUGUUCAACGGUUGGACCGUCUCAAGCAUGUCAGGGUUGAAUGUUUUGGAAAGUUUUACAUUGCGUGUGAUUGGCUGCUCCUCAUGAUGCUCUGAUUUUUAGUUUCAUUGUUCAUUUUCCACUGGUUUCUCAUUUUCAAGUAAACAAUCGCUAUGUUUCCAUCCAAAGUUGCGAAUUUAGCUUGUGCGCAAAAUUUGAAUAUCGCAUAAAACAUUUGCGAAUAAAGCAGCGUUUCUUUCCCAUGUGUUCAAGAGAACGAAAUCACUUCCUGUGAAACUUGGCGCAAAAAUAUCAGUAAUAAAAAUGGAAGUUGCUGCAAUCAGGCUCAUUUUUCCUUUAUUUUAAAUGCGAUAUCCCAAAAUGUGUGAUGGAAACAACUAUUUAUGAGAUUUUGUAUGAAUGUCUAUUAGUAAAUUCAGACAUCAGUACUAGCCAUAUGAAUCUGUACCUCCGUUUCUCUUCCUCCCUCUGACAGGAAACUGAUGCUGUGUAAUAAUGAUUUUGUACAAAUAAAAGAUAUUUUCUCUA